AUGGAUUUAGGCAAGGAAAGAGUGUUUAGAUAUGCUAGACCAGAACUUUACUCAGAUUCCGAAUCGUCACAGGAGAAAAUGGUUGAAGGAGUUGCCGAAUCAGAGACGGGUAAUAAUCAGAUAGUGUUGUGGAGGGGAACUGGGGCUGAGGCUGAGGAGGAAGAGAAUCAGCCAUUGCCACCCGUGAGAAUGUUCUUCGAGCCCAGUCAGUAUCAUAAUGCAAUAAAGCUGGGAACAAGAUGUUAUAUCCACAAAGAUGUUGCUAAAUUGGAGUCCCUAGACCUUGAACCACAUGAGCUGUUAUGGUUUACAGAACACCCACAGUUCAAGCACUUUUGGCAUAUGCAUAAGACCAUGCAUGAGGACACAACACACAAGAUGAUGGGAAUGUGGUUGCUUCUUCUUCGGACAGCAAACACAAAUAAGAAGAGGGAAGCUUGGUUUGUAGUGAAUGGCGAAACCAUCCCCUCCCUUGCUGCUGUUGAGAAAAAGCUAGAGUCGAUGCGAGGACUAGUUAAUCCUGAUUGGUUGAAGAUGUGUGUCGUCUACUUCUUAUCCUCUAUAAUUAGUGGGAAAACGAAAACCGGUAAGGGAGCACCAUCUGUUGACCCCUUAUUCCUGAGGAUUGUGGAUGAUCUUGAGGCUUGUAAAAGGUUUCCUUGGGGUAGAUAUUCAUUCGAUUUGCUAGCCUUUGAGGCCAUCUCAUGUCUGGAGAACAAAUACAGAGAAGAUGUUAGAGGAGCAGGGAGGGGUUGUCCCCGGAUGUGCAGGAAGAAGUUCCAACCAUUCACACGAAAAGGUUUCCCUUUGUCGGAACUCUAUGAAACCCUGGGUAACACUAGGGUAAUCGAGAGUAUAUUGCAACCAUCCGAGGAUGAGGUAAUUAUGCUUUUGGGAGUCAUGGAGAGGAAUGAAGAGGAAGAUAUCGAUAAUAAGGAGUGGGUAAACCAUCUUGUAGCGGCUAAGCAUAAUGUGGGGACGGAGAAGGAGGCGCCUCUUGGAAUUGUGGAACAGCUUCAGAGCUUGCAGAAGAGUAUGGACGCUCAGUUUCUCCGAAUCAGUGUCCGAAUGGAUGACUUUGAUACAAGACUCUGCUCUGUAGAACAAUAUGUGAAAGAGACAAGAAGAGAAAGGGAAGGACCAGGAGAUGAGGGAGGAGAAGUUUUUCGAAAUGACGUAGACCAUGAACAUGAUCAAAAUGGAGAGAAACUUGAAAGUCUGGUGAAGAAGAAACAGUCGAAGAAAAAACAGCCGAAGCAGAAGCCGAAGAAGAAGCAGAAGGAGCCGGAGCAGAAGGAAGAGGAGCAGAAGGAAGCGGAGCAGAAGGAAACGGAGCAGAAGGAGGCGGAGCAGAAGGAGGCGGAGCAGAAAGAGCCGGAGCAGAAAGAGCCAGAGCAGAAAGAGCCAGAGCAGAAAGAGCCGGAUAUGAAUGAGGCGGAGCUGAAAGAGGUGGAGCAGCUUGUAGCCCGAUCUCCUUACCUGCUUAGAAGUAAAGAGGUAGAACCAGACGGUGCUGACGGUGUGAACGCAGAAGUGGGUGCAGGUAAACGGAAACAAGAGCAAUCGAAGCUAGGGCCAAACACAAAGCAGAGACGUUAA